GUGCUCAGCCCCACUGCUAGCAUGUGAGUACUCUCGGCAAAGCGGCCUGCUCCCCAUGCUAUGGACACUCCGCAUCAUCACGGCUGCAUUCCCGGGCCCCUCUACCUCCUCCAGCAUCCGUGUGCAAACUUCCCAUGCCCAUCUGCUAUGACAUACAUCCCUGCUGAUGAUCUGCAUGAACAUUCCAGAACCACCCUGAGCCCCUACAGCUAUCCACUGAGCACAAACCAUGGCUUAGAGGAGCCCUCGCUGAGCAGCAUGCAUCCAUUAAAGAGUGUAGGGUGCCACUUUGUGGGAGGAGAAUGCCACCCUCUCCGGGCAUGGCAAGUAGGCCCCACAGCACCUGGUGCUAUGGCUGAACCCAGGCUGUAUCGGAGUUUGGAAAACCUACACUGGGCAGAAUCAAGCUUGUUUGCACACUACAGGAACUUGGAUAGCGAAUUUAUUCUGCACUGUAGAAGCACUCAGCACCUGUCGGAAGGGUCUGCGGAGAACGUGCCCAUCCAGGGUGUGACUGACAAGGUAGCCUUCCACCAGGACCUGCCGAUGCCCCCACUUGCCAAAAUUCAUCAUUGGCUUUUUCCAACAGUGGACGACAAGGUCUCCUACAGUGAUGCCAAACGGGAACUGAAAGAAAAGCUCAGAACUCACAGCUCCAAGACCGUGGAGCCCACUAGGCCUAUCCGCCCACAGACUCUGAUAGCCGACUGCGUGGCGAGAACACAGAAGGAUAGGCCAUGCCACCACUGUAAGCCUAUGUUGGCCAGCAGCACACCCUCUGCACUUUCGAAUAGCACAAAUGCAGCGGUCAGGCAUUGCACAAGUUUUUUAGCCCACAGGACUACUCCAGAGCACAUAAAGCAGGAGGCCAGGAGACGGCUACAGCUCCGAAGGCAAAACAGCUCGCCAAACCUGACUCUUUACCAAGGCGAGGGCGACAGUAGUGGUUUGAUCAAGUCAAAAACUGCCGAGUCCUUCAAUGAACAGAGACCGUGUCCUGGGAGAGUUUGGGAAACAGACUCUACCAAAAGGUUGGGCGUUAAAAGCAAGCUGUACAUACCAACAUUUGAAGAGUUUAAGAGAAUGCGCCACAAGGAGAAAAACUGUCCGACAAAGGGAGACGAGGGCUCGGAAACUGACGACAAGAAGCCAGAGCAAGACUAUAAAGAUGUAAACCCUCACCGGACAGUUAAUACAGACACCUCCCGCCAAAGGCCAGAUCAAGAGAGAACUGCCAUGACGGAUGGAUCCACUUCCCCAGCUCUAGGAAGCGACGAGACAACAGACUCCCGAACCAGAACGUCGUUGAGCAGUAGUGAUGCUGACAGCACAGUUCCACACACUGUAGAGCAUGGCUCAUUAGACAUCAGAGCUUGCCCUUCAUAUCGGCCUGCAUUCACCGCUCCCAUUUGUUCCAGUCCUGUUUCGAGUUUCCCAUUACAGGCUCUAACCAUGCAUAGUGAGAAAGAACAACUUGUGGGGUGUGAGCCUCAUGAUGAUGCACGUAGAUCGAGCGGAUUCCCUGGUGUGGGCGAGCAGGGUCAUGUUUCUGAAGCCCACUCUUCUUGCUGUUCAUCUUUGCUUUUAGAAGCAACUGACCUGUCUGGCUACAGUGCCAAGCUGCAGAAGAUGAAGGAUGGCCUCAUAGGAUCCGCUCUGGACCUCAUCAAGAAAAGUUGCAGCGCUGAAAGCAGCGAGUCUCCAGCCGGCGGAUCAUGUGACAACCCGAAAACCGAUAGCAGCACGUCACAGGGACAGAGCUGUCAGUCUCCCGCCGUCUCUAUGGCAACCCCGAGCUGCGAGAAUGCGUCAAGCACCGAGGUGCCCCCUGACCUCAAACCCAGUCUCUGCAGCCCCGGGUGUCGGAGGUCCAGCUCAGACAUGACUCAUGAAGCCGGUGACUCAGGAAAAAGCCAGCGUAGCUGCCGCCUGCGCCCGCACUUCAGCGACCCCAUGCCCACGGACGCUGUGAAGAGGAAACAGCUGGAGCUGAAGAUCGCAGCGGCGGCCCGGCAGCACGCUCACCGGCAGAGGCAGGACAAAGAGAACGGCCCGAUGUUGAUAAAAGCCAACACCACCACCUCCUGCAGCUCCGGCAAAGAGGGUAACUACACCUCAAGGCGCUCCUAUCGCUCACGCCACCGCUGGAGUAACAUCAGCAGCUUGAGCACCGACAGCGGCAUCGUAGGAGUCAGCGACGAGAGGGACGAGUGCGAAGGAGGGAACACCAGGCCAGCCAAGCCCGGAGAGGUGGAGAGGGUGGACAGCGGCAUUGGGGAUGCGUUAUCGAGGAGGUGGAGAACCAGAGUGGUGGAAGCCGCUGCUUCUUUGGAGGCCUGGGAGGCCCACCGGCCAUGUAUAGACUGCGGAGAGAGCAAUUUCGCCAUGGACACGGAGAGCCGAGGCAAAAGAAGGGAGACUCUGUGCAUCAAAUGCCUCACCCGGCGCAUGGAGCGCAAGGAAGCCGUCCUGGAAUUUGUCAACACGGAGACGAGUUAUGGGGAGGAUCUGAGGAUCAUUAAAGAGGAAUUCUACCUCCCUAUGCAGGCUGCGGGUUUACUGACUCAGGAGCAGCUGGUUGUCGUGUUCAGCAACAUACAGGAACUCAUCGACCUCAACGACAAGUUCCUUGAAGUCCUCCAAGAAGAGAUCGACCAAGCAUUUGACCAGGGCGACGACGACCUGAUGACAGUCUGCAUCGGGGAGAUCUUCUUGGACUUUGUCAACAUGCUACCUGCCUUCCAGAUCUACUGCCUCCAGCAGCCGACAUCUGUGGCCACGCUCAAUGCUCUGGAGAAAGAGAAGGAGCUCUUGAGAAUAUUCCUGGACGUGUCUCAGAAUGACAACACCGCUCUACGCCGCAUGAACCUGCGGUCAUUUCUGAUCGCUCCACUGCAAAGGGUCACAAAGUACCCCCUCCUUCUGAGCCGGAUACUGAAAAGUACCACCGAGUUCCACCCGGACCACAGCAGCCUGUGGGAAGCCAAAAGCCGAAUUGAAUCGCACUUAGAGCACAUCAACAUGAAAACCAAACAGGAGGGCAACACGUGGACCUUGCGAUCCUUCCGGAGGGAGAGCAGGAAGAACAGGGAGGUGACCAACAUUGAGAUGAGGGAGAUGGCCAUCAAGCAGGUCGGUUGGCCAAGAGAGGAGACGCGCUUUAUAAAGGAGGGACCCUUGCAGCUGGCACAGCCGACGGAUGGACAAUGGGUCAAGAAAGGUUGCAAAUCUCUUAAGUUCCAGAACGUGCACGCGCUGCUGAUGGUGAACGCAAAGAGGACCUCCGACUCCGGGCUGGAGGGCGCCGCUUUGGAGAAAACUGUCAAAGACGCUGUCUUGGUUCUUAUCAAGGACAAAAGUAACGGGAAGUUUGCAGCCCUGAGGGACCCCCUGAGGUUGGGACAAUGUGUGGCAUCCGUGGACCCAGACUGUGAGGAUAUAUUUGAACUCUUGGAGAUCAGGAAAGAAGGUUUUGUGUUCCGGGACAGCGACAGCUCCCGAACUCAACACUGGUUCCGACAGAUCAAAAGCUUCUCCCAAGAACUCGGGUCGUGGCAAAGACGCCGCAACGCUCUCCCAAACAUAAUGAUAAGCACAGCGCAAAACCGGUCCUCAAAUUGACAUUGGGAUGGUGUUUCUAUCCCAGCCAUCUGCCCAAGUGCAGACAACACUGGACCGUGUCUGUCCUGGGUCAAAUAUGGGGUAUUAUUUAAGCACAUGUUCUAUAUAUGCCGAUCUCAGCUGUUAACAUUCCAGAAUACAAAGGUUUUCAGUCCUCUCCGUGUCCAACAGGAUCCAAUAGGAUGUGUUUAGAUAGACCAGUCCGACAACCGAGCUCCUCAAGACUAAACCACAGGCUGGGCUCCUCAAGACUAGCAGCUUAAUCGUGUGGCUAUAGUCCAUUGCAAUUAUACACUUGAAGCAGCAGAUGAUCCCUAGU